AUGUAUAAAAUAAGUUUUUUAAUAACAUUUUUUUUAUUUAUUAAUAUUGGUCAUGGACAACAAUCUUUUUGGUUAUAUGAACUAGAGUCAACAGCCAAUAGUUGUGGAAAUGAACUUAUCCGAGUUUCAACAUAUUUAAAUAAUACUUGUUAUGAUAUUAAUAAUGGUGCAUCAUUACGAUUUACAUUUAACAUUACAUCCAAAGAAGUUGUCAGAUAUAGUUAUUCUGAACAUAAUUGUGCUGGUAGUUCUGGUUUUGUAAAAUAUUCUCUUGAAACUUGCUAUUCAAAAAUAAAGUACACCUACCGAAAUGAACCACCUAUCGAACUUGGAGGAUUCGCUGCCUUAGAACGUGUACCAUCAAAUAGUCCAAAAGCUUGUGGUUAUUAUGAAAGUCAUAGACAUUUAUUGAAAUUAAAUAGUUGUGGAAAAGUUAAUCCAGCUUUCAACGCAUAUAUGACUGCUGGAAGUGAUACAAAUAUUGUAGGAAAUAUUUAUACGAUACAAUGUCCUACUACUGACACAACAAUUUUUUCGAAAUGUACUGCCAAUGAAUACUUUGUCACCGGUAUUGUUACUCCAACUUCAAUUGUAUGGGGAGUAUCGAUCAGUGUUAUCACUGGUCUAAAAUUACAAUUGGAUCCAUUCGCAAACAACUAUAAAUUCAAAUAUAAAUAUAGUGUAGAAUACUAUGACCCUUCGGCACAAGUUUAUAAAAUGGCAUGUUCAUCGAUUUGGGAAACUGAUGGUUGCACCAUUAAUCUUGACAACUUGUAUAGUUACACCAAAAUUAGAAUAAGAAAUCUUGGUGAUCCUAUUAUAGCAUCAGUUUCUGAUUCAGAAUAUGUAUCAAAUGAUAUUUCAUUGCCACAAAAACCAAUAGUGAAUUCAAUUUCCAUUGCGGAAUAUGGUACAAAAUGGGUAUAUUUCGAUUAUCAAAUAAGCAAUCUUCCAACAACAUUUAAUGUUUCUGUUAAUGGAGUUUACAUUCCUUCAUGUUCAUCUUUUCCUUUUUGUAGAGUUGAUGGUCUUCCUCUUGGAGGAAAUAUAUCAAUCCAAGUUUCUUCCUCCAAUGCACAAGGAACAUCUAAUACCUUAACAAAUUAUGUUGUUUUGUAUAAUCAAUUGACCACUCCUAUAAUAUCAUCUGUUAUCCCAUCUGAAAAUCAAAUAGUUGCAACAUACUCUUCAACUCAAGGUAUUCCUUCAACAACUACCUAUACUGUACAACUAGACGGUGUAAAUGUUCCUCAAUGUACAGGAAGAACAACUACAUCUUGUACUAUAACAGGACUACCAACCCAUUUCCAAAAUAAUUUGGUUGUCAUUGCAACCAAUGAUGGUGAUAGUAAAUCAUCUGAUCCAUUCAACGUUGUAUAUAUUGAACCUACUUUAAGUUCAAUUAAUGUUACAACAAAAACCAAAUCUAUUUAUUUCGAAUAUAACGGUAAUCCAACACCAUCUUCAUAUAAUGUUUUGGUCAAUGGUAUAUCCCAGCCAGAUUGUUCCACAACUAAUUCCUGUUUAGUAAGUGGAUUACAACCAGCUUCACCUUUUUCCAUUACAAUCACUGGUACUAAUUUCAUGGGUACUUCUGUUCCUGUAUUAUGGAGCGGAACUACAUAUCCAACUGUAACCAAGCCAACCAUAACAACAAAUCCAUCUCCCAAUCAAAUUAUUGUUGAUUUUUCAUCGACUGGUGGAGUUCCAAAUGAAAUUUAUUAUACUGUAAAGUUGGAUAAUGUUGAUUAUCCAUCAUGCACACAUAUUGUGACCACCCAAUGUAUUCUAAAUGGUCUCGAAGCUCAAUAUUUACAUACUAUUACCGUUUCUGUUUCAAGUGAUGGAGAUAGUUUUGAUGAUUCAACAAUAGUUAAUUUCCAAGAACCUGUUAUGUCUCCAAUUGUGAUCGAUACCAAAACAACAAAGUCCAUCAACUUUACCUAUUCUGCUUCAAACAAUCCUACUUCCUAUCAAGUAACAUUAAAUGGAGUAAUACAAUCUCAAUGUUCAACUACAACUGUGUGUUUGGUAAGCGGACUUGCACCAGGAUCAGAAUAUAAUAUUUUAGUAACAGCAACCAAUAAUGUCGGUACAUCUCCGAGUGUAAUGUCCACUGGAAAUCUUUUUGAUGCUGUUGGAGUUCCAUCGAUUUCAGCAACACCAUCGGUUAAUAAGAUUAUUGUUAAUUAUGUUGCAACUGGUGGAGUACCAGAUCAAACUAAAUAUACCAUUAAAUUAGAUAACAAGAAUGUCGUUGGAUGUGAAAGUAUUUCAUUGACAACUUGUACAAUCACUGGUCUUGAAGUAGAAUUCCAACACAAUAUCAUUGUUAUAGCAACCAAUGAUGGAUUUUCUCAGCAGAAUUCCACAGAUGUUGUAUUCUUGACACCAGUUAUGGACCAACUUCAAGUAGAAAAGAGAACCAAAUCAAUUCAAUUUUCUUACUCUGCCACCCAGAAUCCAAUAAAGUAUACAGUAUUAUUCAAUGGAGAGGAGCAGACCUCUUGUUCAACCAGUACCAAUUGUUUGAUAUCCAAUCUAAUCCCAGGUUCUACAUAUUCAAUCUCUGUUACUGCCACAAAUACUGCUGGAGAGUCGAGUGUCCCUGCUCUAUCAUCUGGUAACUUGUAUUCAACUGUUGGCUCGCCAAGUGUAACUGCAACACCUUCAAGUGGUCAAAUCAUUGUAGAUUACUCGUCAACUGAUGGCAUUCCAAAUGAAACAUUGUAUUCGACCAAAAUUGAUAAUGUUGUUGUCUCUGGUUGUAACAAUAUUUCAACACUUCAAUGUACCAUUACAGGAUUAAACUGGCAAUUCCGACAUAAUAUCUUGGUUGAAGCUUUCAAUGAUGGUGAUAUCAAAGAAAACUCGACCGAUGUUAUUUACUUGGCACCAACAAUCAAUCCAAUUAUCAUUGUUGAAAUCCGAACCAAUAGUAUUUCAUUUAAUUACUCUGCAACCCAUAAUCCAACCAGUUACAAUGUCACUGUAAAUUCUGUUGUUCAAGACAAUUGCUCAGAUACCACCACUUGUAAAGUUACAGGACUUGUGCCAGGUUCAGAAGUCUCCAUUUCCAUUGAAGCAACCAAUUAUGUUGGAACUUCAGUUCCAUCAUUGAUUACCAAACAACUAUAUCCAUCGAUCUCAUCACCAUCGAUUAAUGCCAAAACUACCUACAAUAGUAUUACUGUGACUUACAAUUCAACUGGUGGUGUUCCAACAGAGACUCUCUAUACCACUCAGUUGGAUGACGUUGAUGUUGUAGGUUGCGUCCAAACCAAAGAACUAGAAUGUUUAAUCACUGGACUUUUACCAUUGUUUACACACAAUGUUACUGUAAUUGCUUCCAAUGAUGGUUUAGUUGAAUCUACCAAGCUAAAUGUUACUUCAAAUGACGAUUUUCCAUUAGAUAACUUAUCAUUCACCAAGACUACACCAACUUUGUCGUUGAUCACUUCUUACUGGACCGUUCCAGUUGGUGGAGAAUCAGGAAAGACUUUCUAUGAUCUCUCUAUUUCAAUGGAUAAUUCAUCUUGGUCCAUCCAAUGCGCAGACAUCCAAACCGCGGCUUGUGAAGUAGAUAAUCUUAUUCCAAGUACACUCUAUUACCUAAGAGUAACAGCCAAGAAUACAAUCUUUGAUUCAAUCUACGACUACACAUCGAUGAAAACUUUAAAUCCAUCGGCAGAUCAGUGUCAAUGUAAUAACAAUGGUUAUUGCGAUGCUUCCUCUGGAGAAUGUAUUUGUAAUUCCGGUUGGAUUGGAUCGAAUUGUGGUAUUAAAUAUGACAAACCACCAACUAACAAUCCACCAGAAGUAAAACCAAAUCCAAACUAUCCAGGUGUAGAUGUAGAUAAUGGAGGUAAAGAUUCUAAAGCAUCGUUCUAUCUGAAUAGAAUCAUCGAAAAGGCAAAUGGAACUGAGGAAGUAUUCAGUUUGUUAUUCUCUGAAUUGACAUGGUCACUCACCAAUAAUGUUGGUCAAGUAGUUGAACAUCCAUCCACCGGUCAGAAAGUUACAAUGAACCAAUGGACCUACACAACCACUAUUCCAAAGGCCCAAUCGCUCAGUGUUAAAUUCACACAGUAUCUUCCAAUUGGUGAUGAAACAGUACCCGAUUUCCCAAUGGAGUUUGCCGGUGAAAAGUUUAAUUUGACAUUGGGUUCGCUCAAAUAUCAAAUCGAUAUUAAGAAAUGGAGUUUCCAAUCGGAUACCAAUGUGCUCGAGAUCCAAUCGACCAUCGUUAAUUCACCGGACAACAGCGACUGCUAUGAACUACCAGAGUUGGUUUCUUCAGAGACCUCACAAGUAACUACCGUUAUCCUACAACAACCAAACGGUGACUAUCUAUACGGUAGAUUUAGUAAGCGUAUUCUACUCGAUCAAAUACCAAGACUAUCAACCAUUUCGAUCAGUUCAUCAAAUGAAUCCUCUACCUCUGUAAUUUCGAUUGUCGUUGAAUACUUUGAUCAAGAACUAUCGAUUGAUCCAGAGAUAUCUAUUCUACCAUUCAACGAAAACUCCUCUAAACUUCCAGAGUCUAAAUGUAAUGAUAAGAAAUCUGAUAACAAAUGGAAAAUCAUUGUUGGUGCUGUAGUUGGUGGAGUUGGAUUGAUUGCUGCUGCAACUGUAACAACUUUACUCAUCAAGAAAUAUAGAUUAAAGAAAAGAAACAACGAUAGAUUAGCGACAAAAUUAAGAAAUAUUUCUUAA